UGCGCAGAAUAAUAGCAUUCGUGGCAGUAAUCAUGGUGGUAAACACCUGGUAGGGAAUUGUGAAUGUUGGCUUUUAAUGCUGUUUAUCAUUUGAUCUAUGGCUAAUUUAACUAUAACUGACGACGAAUCGGUCUUAUCUGAUAGUAUAAAUCUUGAUGAAACUGAAGACGUGUACAAAAAGUGUUUCACUUUGCAGGAGUAUUAUAAACAAUGUCUCGGUUUCUAUCACAAAGGGAAAAAUGUUAUAAAAAUGACUUACCAAGACAAAAUGAGGUUGACAGCACUUUGGAAGCAGGCAUCUGUGGGGAAAUAUGACACAUCGAAAAUUCCAGAAAUUGGUUACUUUGAUGUCAUUGGCAAUGAUAGGAGGUUAGCUUGGGAAGGACUUGGUGAUAUGCCUAAAGUGAAGGCUAUGGAGGAAUUUUGCAGCUUGAUAGAAAAGGUUGCACCAGAACUGGAAGCACAUCUGGAAGCACAGUGUAGAGAAAUUGAAGAGAAGAGACGUAAGAAGCUUGAAGAAGAAAGGCGACAACGUGAGGAAGAAGAACGCAAACGCAGGGAAGAGGAAGAAAGGCUAGAAAAAGAAAGAUUGUUGAAGAUUGAGGAAGAAAAACGAUUAGAGGAAGCUGCUAAAGAAGAAGAAAGGAAAAAGGAAGAAGCUUUGAAAGCUGAACGUGAAAAAACUCAAUUGAUGCAAGUCAAACCUCAGAUGAAUGGUUCACCAUCAAUUGCACCAGCAUCAUUGUGGUCACGUCCUAAGGUUCAUGAGUUUAUCCAACAUGUUCGGACUGAUCCUGCUUCUAUGUUAGUUGUUGGUCGAGGUGAAACCAUUACAGUACGAGUACCAACACAUGAAAAUGGUACAUGUUUGUUUUGGGAGUUUGCAACUGAAUCUUACGAUCUUGGUUUUGGUGUAAGUUUUGAAUGGACAUUACCAUCCUCUGAGGCAGUUGUUAUCAAACAUGAUGACGAGGAGACUGGAGAGAAUAAAGAUAGCGAAAAGUCAAAACUUAGAGUUGAUGAAAUUCUUCCAUCCUUAAGACGUCCUUGCAGUGAUGAAGUUAUGGUUGGCAGUCAUAUAUAUCCUGGACGUGGAGUCUAUCUCCUUAAAUUUGACAAUUCAUACUCUUUACUUCGAUCCAAGACAUUAUUUUACAGAGUAUAUUAUACAAGAUAAGUCAGUCAAUGACUGGAAAUCUAUAAUUGAGAUUUUGAAAAAACUGAAACCAUUCUAAUUAAAGAAUUGAGCCUGUGGCAAUCUUAUGCAGGCAGCUACAAUACUCAGGAUGGAAUUUCUAACAAUGUUCUUUCUACUAGUAUUUUCAUCAAUUUACUUAUAUCAUUAAGGAGUAAUUAUAAUGUAGACAAUAAACAUUUGCAACAUA